AUGCUGCAAAAGGUGUCCGAUACACACAAAGGGGAGAGAGAAAGAGAGUAUAGUGGAGAAGCCCUCUCUCUCUCUCUCUCUCUCUCUCGUAGAAGGUGCCAGUUUCCUUGUUCUGGAUCUGUUUAUUGUUCUUAGUCCUUUAAUUUGUAGCUCUCGAUCUUCUACUGAGAUCUCAGCUCUGGGAGAAGCCCUAGCCCGAGAAUUCGAUGCAAAGGGGCUUCUUUUCUGUUGGUUGGCGUGGGGGUCCGUCCCUGCUUGGGAUCCUCUUGAGUUAGGGUUUAGUGGCGGGCGGGGAUGAUGAGGGGAUUCGAGGGGCAAGGAGGGGUUCCUGGGAGCCCUGGCCGCCCCCGUGACGGUCCCAGGGAGCUCGGCGAUGCCGUCGCAGAUAAUGCCCUCUUCGAUGCUUCACAAUAUGCAUUCUUUGGCAAGGGGGUCAUGGAGGAAGUUGAGUUAGGGUGUAUAGAAGACAAUGGCGGUGACAAUGCUGGUUUUAUUGGGAUUGAUGUUGAGUACCAUUUCUCUACCAUUGGAGACAGAGAAGAGGCUGUAGUUUUAGACUCUCUCUCUGAUGCUGAUGACCUUGCUAGCACUUUUGCUAAGUUGAAUAGGGUUGUAAAUGACCCAAGGACUGCAGGAGUUAUUGGUGAUAGAGGAUCUUCUUCUAGAGAAAGUUCUUCAACUGUGGACUGGACACAGGAGGGAGACUAUUUAAACUGGAUUGAUCAGCGAAUAUUAGAUGCUGAAAAUAUUCAGGAAGGUAAAAGAUGGUGGUCACAGCCACGCCCCUCAUCAUCUUUGCUUUCAGAAUCCAAACCACUGUAUAGAGCAUCUUCGUACCCUCAACAGCAACAGCAGCAACAAGAACAGCAGCAGCAGCAGCAGCAAUACGCUCGGGAAUCAGUCUUCAUGCCCAAUUUAUGUGUCACUUCCUACUCUCCACCUGGUGGACGAUCUCAGCCGUUGAUAAACCUUACUCGGCACUUAAGCAUACCGUCUCUUAGUGCUGGGCCCCAGCUACCUGGCCCGAGUCUCGUGCCUUAUUCUGAUUCUCAACAACAUUUGGGAGGAUUAACUCAUGGAUUGCACUAUGGUUCAGACAUAUCUCAGAUUAUUCCUCCUAGCCCUGGGAUGAGUAGCCAGACAAACAACUAUCUGCUGAACCGAGCAAGCCGAUUAUCAAGCGAUGAUAUGUUUCCUAACUUGUUACGGCAACAAUUAUCUCUGCCAAGCAAUUUGAGAGCUUCACAAAUACUGUUGCAGCAUCAACAUCAGAAAUUGCAACAGUUCCAGCCAUCUCUUCCCCAUUUCUCACACUUGCAGACUAGAUUGAACCCUCAUGGUUCCCCACCACAAAUGAGGUACAAAUUUGAUCUGGCUAUUCCCAUGUUUGAUACAAGAGACCAUAGAUUGAAAGCAUCACAAAGAGGAAAACAGACCUUCCGAUUUUCUCACCAGUCUUCAGAUAUGAAGAGUGAUAAUAAAUGGCCACAGAUUAGGUCCAAGUACAUGUCGCCAGAAGAGAUAGAAAACAUUUUGAGAAUUCAAAAUGCAGCAACACACGCGAGUGAUCCUUACGUAAAUGACUACUACCACCAGGCUUGUCUUGCAAAAAAAUCAACUGGAACUGGAAGGCUGAAGCACAAUUUCUGCCCAAUAGCUAUAAAAGAUCUGCCUUCUCGGUCACAUGGUAAUAAUGAAUCAGUUGAUGCACUCAGGAAAGUUCCACUCUCUUUGGUUCGUAGACCUCAACCCCUUCUUGAAUUUGACACAACAUCCUCGUCGGUCAAUGGCACCCAUGAUCAGAAGUCUUCCAUGAAGCCUCUUGAGCAUGAGCCGAUGUUUGCAGCUAGAAUCACCAUUGAAGAUGGUAUUUGUGUACUUCUCAAUGUAGAUGAUAUUGAUAGGCUUUUGCAGUUCAACCCGCCGCAAGACAGCGGAUCGCAACUGAGACGGAGAAGGCAGGUUUUCCUGGAAGGGCUUGCGGCAUCACUUAAUCUCGUUGAUCCACUUGGCUCCAAUAAAGCUGGCCAUUCAGUUGGACUCGGCCCAAAAGAUGACAUUGCUUUCCUUCGCAUAGUCUCUCUUGCCAAAGGCCGAAAGUUCUUAUCGCAUUAUCUUCAACUUCUCAACCCUGGAAGUGAGCUCAUGCGAGUGGUAUGCAUGGCCAUUUUCCGACACCUGAGGUUUUUAUUUGGUGGUUUACCUUCAGAUUCCAGUGCAGCCGAAACGAUAACCAAUCUCGCCAAGACUGUCUCUCUAUGCGUGAGUAAAAUGGAAUUGAAUGCACUCGGUGCUUGCCUUGCAGCCAUAGUCUGUUCGCCUGAACAACCACCUCUUCGCCCUGUUGGAAGUUCAGCCGGUGAUGGGGCCACUGUUGUCGUAAAAUCCAUUCUUGACCGGGCAACCGAUCUUCUGUCAGACCCUCAGGCUGCAAACAGUUGCAGCAUAUCUAACCGAACUCUGUGGCAGGCAUCAUUUGAUGCUUUCUUUGGUCUCCUCACUAAAUAUUGUCUGAGUAAAUAUGACAGUAUUCUUCAAAUGUUACUUGUUCAGGCACCAAACGAUGCAGUCGUCGGAUCUGAGGCAACCAGAGCUAUAAGCAGGGAGAUGCCUGUUGAUCUGUUACGAGCGAGCCUUCCUCAUACAGACGAGCAUCAGCACAAGGUGUUGCUUGAUUUUGCUCAGAGAUUGAUGCCUGUUACUGGCUUUAGUGCUCAUGGAAGUGAUAGUGGAUCUGUGACUUAUGAAUCAGUUCCUGGUUGAUGCCUCCGGAGAGACAAAUCAGAUGGCUCCGAACUAUGUGUUAGGUCUGGUCUUCUUUUGUCACAUAUGUGGCUCUUCAAUUAACUGAGCCAUGUUGGCAACUCACUGAAAAGAUGCACCAUGGAACUUGUAAGAUUCUGGUAAGCUUAGUAUGUGGUUGUAUUAGCUCUAUGUAUGCUAGAACAACGCUGUAAGUGGUGCCUGGAAGUCUUCUUAUAGGGAGCUUAGCAUUGCUGCUCUUCGUUGGAA